AUGUCUGCUCUACAUUCAUCAUAUGACUUGUUCUUCUUGAACCCAGUAACAGGUACUCAGAUUGUGCUCCCAUCACAUUCCGCAGUUACAAAGUUCUUUAAAAUAAAAGCAGUAGCCUCGUCAGUACCAUCGGAAACAAGGUUGAAGCCCCGGCGGUGUUACGUGUCUUGCCUUGUCUUCAAACAAAAAUGUAGUUUGGCUUUCUGUGCUCCCGGUGAUGAAUCAUGGACCUCCAUUGCGGCCGAGUGGGAUGAUAUUGCUGUAGGAUUCCGGGAUGUAGAAAUAGUUGAUGGGAAAUUACAUGCUGUAGGUGUACGUGCAUUAGAGUUUUUGAUGGUGUUUGACAUCCAGUUAGAUACCAAUGGCUUCGGAAAUCAUACCUGCACAGCACAAAUGUUGGUCACUCUUCAUCCCAACAUUGAUAGCAUACUUGAUAACCGAGUUCACAUUGAUCAGCAUUGUUACCUAGCAAAAGGUUCUGAAUCAAAGGAGUUGUUUAUGAUUUUGCCUAGGCAUGAAUUUUACAGGACCAUAGGAUUUUCAAGUGUUAAGUUGGAAUAUAAUGUUACUGGUCAUAAUUGGGUAGAGAUUGUUAAUAUUGGUGAUCAAGUGUUGUUUAUUGGCGCCCUCAACACCAAAUUUAUAUCUUUGGGUAGUACUACUUCUCAUGAUAAAACACUUGAGAGAAACUCUAUCUAUUUUGUAGUCAAUUCGUCCAAAACAUGGGAAGCUGGGGUGUUUUCUUUGACAGAUAAAAGCAUCAAACCUUUGAUUGUUCUCAAGGAUCAUUUGCGUGAGGGAAUAGAUCGUACUGUUUGGUUCACACCAAAUUCUUUGUAG